CAUAGUGUGGCUGCAGGAGGAGGAGGAGGACGAGGAGGAGGAGGAUGAAGAGGAGGCUGCAUCCAGCUGCUUUGUGGCCGCCUCGUCUGCGUCUCUCCGCGGUCAAAGAACAGCAGCAGCACCGCUAACGCCGGCGGAGCGCAGGGCUGCUAUUCGGCGAUGGAGCCAGCGGCCGCCUUCGGUGCCGCCAAGGCCGGGAACAUCGCCUUCGACCCGGUCGCCUUCUUCACGCAUCCUCGGACCAUCUUGAGGCUUCUGUCGUGGGUGUUCUCCAUCGUGGUGUUCAGCUGCAUCGUCAACGAGGGCUACAUCAACAUCGGCAGCGAACGCCUGCUCUGCGUCUUCAACAACAACGCCGACGCCUGCAACUACGGCGUCACUGUGGGCGUGGCCUGCUUCCUGGGCAGCAUCUGCUUCCUGGUCCUGGACGCCUACUUCCCGUCCUUCAGCAGCCUGCGGGACAGACGACGCGCCGUUCUACUGGACCUCGUCUUCUCCGGCCUGGCCUGCUUCCUGUGGUUCGUCGCCUUCUGCUUCCUGACCAAUCAGUGGCAGGCGACGUCUCCCGACGAGCUGCCGCUGUCGCAAGGCUCCGACGCCGCCCGAGCAACCAUCGCUUUCUGCUUCUUCUCCGUCCUCACGUGGGCGGUCCUGACACUGAGCGCGCUGCGCCGCUAUUUGUCCGGCUCCCACGCCAACCUGUUCACCUGGCAGCACCUGGACCCCGCCCCCGGCCACGCCCACGCCACGCCCUACCCCAUCGCCAACGGCGCCACCAUCGUGACCACCAAGCCCUACCAGGCCCCGCCCUUCACCGAAACCCUGGACCCCCAGAAGCUGACGCAGCAGCACAGACCGGUGGCGCCCGCCUUCUAGAGACCGCGGCGAGGAGGGAGGGCCCCUCUCCCCGUUACCAUGGCAACCGCUGGCUCAACUUAGAUCGCUUUGUCCCUCCGUGUCUUCACGCGCGCACUCGCUGACGUUCAGACACACACACACACACACACACACACACACACACACACACACACACACACACACACACACACACACACACACACACGCACGCGCGCACACACACUCACACACUCACGCACGCACACACACACGCACACACACACAAAUUGGUCUCAUACACGCUGGCUGACCAAUCCCAUGCAUUCCAUUGGCUGAAAAUGUGAUUGACAGGCAGCUUGACCAAUAGGAAGCGUUUUCCUUCCUUGUAGAGAGCAGGCCAGCCUGCUGUGAAAUAUUCAUGUGUUCAAUAUUUGAUUGUCUUUUCCUCAAGUGUGUGAUGGAAAAUGUUGUCAAAUAAAAGCUUUAAAAAUAAAAGUUGUAAAAUAAAAGCAUUAAAAAAAUGUAAUAAAAUAAAACCAGCGUCACG